AUGGCUCCCAAGAAGAAGAUCGCCGUCAUGACCUCGGGAGGUGACUCCCCAGGCAUGAACGCUGCCGUGCGCGCCGUCGUUCGUAUGACCAUCCACAUGGGCUGCGAUGCCUACUGCGUCUACGAAGGAUACGAGGGCCUGGUGCAAGGUGGCCACCUCAUUCGCAAAAUGGAAUGGGAUGAUGUCCGCGGCUGGCUGUCUGAGGGCGGUACACUCAUCGGAACUGCCCGGUGCAUGGCCUUCUACGAGCGUCCUGGACGCUUGACAGCCGCCAAGAACCUGGUCCUCUCCGGCAUCGACGCCCUCAUCAUCUGCGGAGGUGACGGCUCCCUGACUGGUGCUGACAAGUUCCGCUCAGAAUGGCCCUCGCUUUUGGAGGAGCUGGUCGGCAACGGCGAAUUGACCGCUGACCAGAUCAAGCCUUACCAGCACCUCAACAUCGUCGGCCUCGUCGGCUCCAUCGACAACGAUUUGGCCGGCACCGAUGCCACCAUCGGAUGCUACUCUGCCCUCGCUCGCAUCUGCGAAAUGGUUGACUAUAUCGAGGCAACUGCCUCUUCACACUCUCGGGCCUUCGUCAUUGAAGUCAUGGGAAGGCAUUGCGGUUGGCUGGCCCUAAUGGCCGGUGUUGCUACUGGAGCUGACUUCGUCUUCAUCCCUGAACGUCCUAGGGAGCACGACUGGAAGGAAGACAUGGUUAAUGUUGUCAGAAGACACCGUAAAAUUGGCAAGCGCAAGACCAUCGUCAUUGUGGCCGAAGGCGCUCGCGACAAGAACGGCACCAAGAUCACUGCUGAAGAAAUCAAGGAUCUCCUUGCCGACAAGUCCGAAGGUGGUCUCGCCCUCGACACCCGCAUCACCACCCUUGGACAUGUCCAGCGAGGUGGUACCGCCGUGGCAUACGAUCGAAUGCUUGCUACCCUGCAGGGUGUGGAGGCUGUCAAGGCAGUCCUCGAUGCCACUCCCGAGACUGAAACUCCUUUCAUCGCCAUCACGGAGAACAAGAUUGUUCGAAAGCCGUUGAUGGAGGCUGUGGCCGAAACCAAGAAAUGCUCCGAGGCUGUGGACUCCAAGGAUUUUGAAAAAGCCAUGUCACUCCGAGAUUCCGAGUUUGAAGACCAGUGGAAUUCGUACAUGUUGACAACUAACGUUAUGGUUAACGACAAAAUGCUACCCGAGACAGACCGCAUGAAGAUCGGCUUCAUCAAUGUCGGUGCUCCUGCUGGUGGCAUGAACGCUGCGGUCCGCGCCGCCGUUGCGUAUUGUCUGUCGCGAGGACAUGAGCCCAUUGCCAUUCACAAUGGCUUUGCUGGGUUUGCCAGGCAUCACGGUGACGAUCCCGUAGGAUCCGUCCGUCCUUUCAACUGGCUUGAAGUUGAUGGUUGGGCCAGCAAGGGUGGUUCUGAGAUUGGCACUAACCGAGAACUCCCCGGCGACUCUGGUAUGGAGUUGAUUGCCAACCUCAUUGAGGAGUACGGACUCGACGCCCUCUUCCUAGUAGGUGGAUUCGAGGCCUUCCACUCCAUUUCGCAAAUGCGAAAGGCCAGGGACCAGUAUCCUUCCCUCUGUAUCCCCAUGUGCUUGCUUCCCGCGACCGUCUCCAACAACGUGCCUGGAACCGAAUACUCGCUUGGUUCUGAUACUUGCCUCAACGAGCUGGUUAGCUACUGUGACAAGAUUAAGCAGUCGGCGUCUGCUACCCGCCGUCGCGUCUUCGUCAUUGAGACCCAGGGAGGCAGGUCUGGUUACAUCGCAACACUGAGCGGCCUCGAUGUCGGCGCCUCAGCCGUCUACAUCCCUGAGGAAGGUAUCAGCCUUGAGAUGCUCAACGCUGAUGUCCAGCAUCUCAAGACGGUGUUCAACAAUGACAAGGGCCAGUCCCGCGCUGGUCGCCUUAUUCUUGUCAACGAGAAGGCUAGCAAGGUCUACAAUGCUAAGCUCAUCGCGGACAUCAUCCGUGAGGAAGCUCACGAUCGAUUUGAGAGCCGAGAGAGCAUCCCCGGACACGUUCAGCAGGGUGGUGUUCCCUCCCCCAUGGAUCGCUGCCGAGCUGUCCGCUUGGCGAUCAAGUGCAUCCAGCAUCUCGAGGCCUUUGGCUGCAAUGCUCACAACCAUGUUAAGAAGGACCCUAACAGCACAACCGUCAUUGGUAUCCAGGGCUCCGAGGUCGUUUUCACUCCCAUGAAGGAGCUGGAGGAGACAGGUACUGACUGGCCCAACCGACGGCCCAAGAGCGCUCACUGGAUGGGCUUGUCUGAGGUUGUGAAUAUUCUGGGUGGUCGACCCGAUUAUCCCAAGCCGGAGAAGAGCUUGACGGGCCUAGUUGCCAAAGACAUGAAACGUGGUUUGUGA